AUGCAUUCUCAGGUUCAGCAAAAUAACGCUACAUUGUCGAUGGAAUUUUCCAAUAAGAUAGAUAAGUUGGAGGGUGAUAGUGGAGCCGAGGGUACAGGCAACGGAGGAGGGCAAGCAGGGGCUAAUAAGAAACAGAAGAGCAUACCUUUGGAGCUCACAGCGUAUGGGACCACACCGUCAGGAAAACCCCGGCUAUUUGUGUGUCAGAUAUGUACGCGGGCGUUUGCCAGGUUGGAACAUUUGAGACGACACGAGAGAUCGCACACGAAGGAGAAGCCAUUCAGCUGUGGUGUAUGCCAGCGGAAAUUUUCCAGGAGAGACUUGUUGUUGAGACACGCGCAGAAGUUGCACGCCGGAUGUGCUGACGCUAUCACCAGAUUACGCAGGAAGUCGAUCAAGCGGUCGGGAUCGGUAGGUGAUGACAUGGAUGACGAUAUGGUGUCGGGGACACCAGGUCCAGUGAAGGACGCUGGGUCUCCGGGGAGCACCAAUCCAUCGAGCGGCCACCCAUCGCAGUCACCACUUGCACACCAACCUUCAGGGUCUCAUGGUGAUUUCGAUCUUGUGCUGUUCAACCUUAACCUAUUCAACCACAAAGGAUCGCUGAUGUCGAAGUCUGCAAGCAAUUCAGGUGCUAAGGACGGUACGACUAGCUCGUUGCAGAAACAGAUUUUCGAUAGAAGAAAAAUAGAUAAACAUAGAGGUGCAUCGUUCUCAGCCCAGUCUGGUGGAAACUACGCUAUGGGUUUAGCUGAGCUUAACGAUCUUUAUCCCGGCACCGACCAUGUUGAAUUUUCGACUCCCCAGUUAUAUCCCACCGGCGCCCCAGAUGAACACGCAUGGCUAAAUAACUUAUCAACAAUUCCUGGUAUGAAUGACAAUAAUAACAAUAGUAAUAGUACUAAUGGUACGCAUGCAAAUGGUACUCCCAAUGGCGUACAUAAUGGUGCCAAUUUAAACGGUCCGAAGGGCACCUCUAGACUACCAAGACAAAGCUCAAUCUCAUCGAUUUCUUUAGACCAUAAUGAAGCGCCAGCAAGUGUAUCACAUCAGGGAUCAUUUUCUGGACACCUACCAACUUUAAGAUCAGACAGUUUAGCAAGUACCUCGUCAUAUAAUACAUACGAUUCUUUGAAUGGUUUACAGUAUAUGAUGCCCAGUGCGACUGUUUCAAAUAAUGAGAUAACUCCUUUUAAUUCGGCCAAUACCAAUAAUCACAUGAACAACCAACACAACGAGGAAUAUGGGUAUUCCUUCUACGAUAUACCGGAAUCAAUGAUGGCAAAUUCAGGAAACCAUUUCAAAUUAUCUAACCACCUCACACCCAUUAAACAGGAAGAUGACGAAAUGACAAUGACAAGCAUGAAUCACGAAAAUAAUACCAAUCACACUAAUACCAAUGGCUUCAAACGCAACCCUAGUCUCUCUGAAGAUAAUGUCAAUAAUAAUAAUAAUAAUAAUAAUAAUAAUAAUAUCAACGAAAACAACAAUAAUCAUCAAGGAGGUAGCCAGAAUUUUGAUUUGAAUUUCUUAAAUGAUAUAGGAGAAUUAACGAACGAAUUUGAUGUAAAUGCUAAAUUUAUGCCUAAUGGUUAUUCAUUUUAUGGUGAUAAUAAUUCUGUAUCGUCUAGUGGCAUGGAAACUAAUUCACCACAAAUGAUAUCUCCAUCAGUUUCGCAAAGUCAAUAUCAAUCAGAAACAUCAUUACCACAACCACAACCACAUCUGAUUCAUCAACAACCUAUAAGUGACCAUAAUUAUUUAAAUCAAUCCCAUUUAAUGAACUUUGAUCAUACUAAAAAGAGAAGGAACUCUUUUAAAGCCGGUAAUUAUUCUAAGAAUAAAUUAUUUACCAAUAAUAUCAGAUAUAUGAUCAAUAAGUCUUUGAGUAAAUAUCCAAUCAAUGGUAUAAUGACACCAACUAUUCCCUCAAAUGAAAAAUUGGAAUUCUAUACUAACAAUUUUGUUAAUAUCUUCUUGUCACAUUUUCCAUUUAUACAUAUUUCAAAAUUAAAUGAGUAUGAAAUUAUGAGCAUGACUUCUAAUGAAGAUUUAUCAAAUGAAAGCGCUAGGGUUUGUUUGCCUUUAUUGACAGCUACAAUUGGUGCAUUGUUAGCCAAUAAUAAGAAUGAUUCUGAACAUUUAUAUGAAGCUUCGAGGAGAACGAUUCAUAUCUAUUUAGAAAGUAGAAAAAAUUCUGUUAAUGAGGCUACUUCAAACUCGGGGCUUAGCUCAACUCCACAAUCUACAAAUCCACUAUGGUUAAUCCAGUCGUUGACCCUAUCGGUAAUUUACGGAUUAUUCUCCGAUAAUGAAAAUAAUGUGUACAUUGUGAUAAGGCAAUUGAACGCAUUAAAUUCCUUGGUUAAAACGUCCAUAAAGAGUAAUAGGACUGUAUUGUUUUCGAUCAAUGGUGAAGAUGAGGAUAUUUACAAUAAGAUGAAUGAAAUCAAAUCGAAUGAUUUCUUACAGAAUGAUUCUUUAUUUUCAACAACAUCGUUCAAUAUCAAUGACGAAAUCAAAUUCAAAAAUAUCAUCAAUAUUCAAUCGCAAACAAGAAUAGUUUUCAUGAUCUAUAGAUUGACAAAUUUCUUAUUAAUGAUGUAUAAUGUCCCCUUGACAUUGAGUAUCAAUGAUCUAGGGUUAUUGGAAGCUCCUACUAGAAAGGAUGAAUUCUUAUGGAGCUUUAAAAAUUAUCAAUCUUUCCAAGAAUACAACCAAAAUAAUCAUACAAAUAAAACCUUAAAUGACUACUUAAAUCCAAAUGGAAAUAAAAUGGUGUUCAGGGAGAUCUUGUACCAAAUUACUAAGGCGGAUGUUCAUAAUGGCUUGGACGAUGUCUUAAGUGAGAAGCUAAAUAAUUUAAGUCAAUUUGGAUUUGUGUCGAUAGUCAACGGAAUUUAUGAGAGUAAACAAUAUCCAGAUUUACAGAACAUGGAUGUUUUUGCGGUACUAGAUAAUUUAACGAGCUAUAUCGGAUCACCUAACUUCACAUUCCCAAUCGCAAAUGAAAACAUCAAUGGUAAUCAAAGUAUUAGUGAGUCAUUCCACUCUAAAUCAACUGCUGAUUUUGAAAAACAAAAAUUAGAUUUUGCAUUAUUAGUAAAUUUUGUAAAAGUUACCUCAUUGAUUGAUUUCAAGUACGUCAAGGAACAAAGUUGGCUAAGAAAUUUUGAUGAAUUAACUUCUAAUUUUAAUAGUUUUUUGAGUACCAUACAUGAGAUCAGUGAUUAUGAUUACCUUAGAAUUGUUGAUUGUUGCAUCAUAAUCGUUAAAUUGGUCUUGUUCAAAACUGAGAGUAAUAAUUCUAACAGCUCUGCGUUUGACACUCAUAUGGAUUUGAAAUUCAUGCAUGAUCCAACUAGCAAUAGAAGCUUGAUUAAUGAAUAUGAAAGUACAUCUACUGUUUUCGAGAAACUAAUCGAUAUUAAGGUAUAUGAUGGUGAAUUUGAUAUCUCUAAAAACUCUAUUCAUUUGCAAAUGCUAUUCCAUGUAUUUUCCAUUUUGUCUGUUUUUUCAAUUCACUUGAUAAGGAAAAAUAAUGACAAUGAAAUUAACAGUACUUUAAAGUCAGAAUUAAACCAAAGGUUUAAUACCGUUUUGAUGAUACUAGGUAAAAUUGAAAACUUCUUAAAGAAUAAAUAUCAAAAUCUUAAAUUAGAGAAUCAAUUUACCAACUUAUAUUUAUACUCAAAUGGAAAUAAUAAUGGUGAAUUUGGUCCAUUACAUGGAAACAAUUUAUCGAAUGAAUACAAUUAUAGUCUAGAAAAAACAUUAUACAUUUUAAAAAUUGGUGAAUUAUUAUUGGGUUUUAUAUACGAUACAAAUAUUAAAGUUUGUAUCUUUAAAAAGUUAAGUGGCAGCUUAUCACAAAUUAGAAAAUUUUUAAUUGACAAUGAAUCUAAAGUUCUUUCUUAA